UGCCUGGCUACAUACAUUGACUUUCCACUUGGUUCUCACUAGUUACGGCUCUUUCUAGUGCAUCGACUAAAUAAACUUUCCACGACUCGAGCCACCUACCCUACCUACGGUAGGAAACCCAUUUGCAAUGGCCGACGUACCGGCACCUCCCCCGCACCCAGCAUCGGAGCCCGUUACAGAGCCGGCUGCCGAGACGGCGGUUCAACCGGCGACUCAACCGGCGACCCAGGCAGCCGCUUCUCCUGAAGCUGAGGGGGGAAGCACAGCCCCUGCACAAGAAACCGUCGCCAAAAGCGACUACGGGAUGGACGCAUCCUCACAGCUCACUGGCACAACGAACAAUUCCCUGGCGUCCGUGAUCCCAAGUAUCUUUAACUAUCGGUUCGAGAAUGGCCGCAGUUACCACCGCCUCAGCGAUGGCAGCUACCUCGUUCCCAACGACGAGGCUGAACAAGAGCGGCUCGACAUUGCGAACCAUCUCUGGCUCAUUGCCUGGGACGGCAAAUUCUGCCUGUGUCCCAAGAAAGAGGGCGCCAAGAGGGUUCUCGACCUCGGCACAGGCACGGGCUUGUGGUCCAUCCUAUACGCCGACGCGUACCAAGGAGCAGAGGUUCUAGGCGUGGACCUGAGCCCGAUCCAACCCGAGUUCGUGCCACCAAACUGCUUCUUUGAGGUUGAUGAUCUGGAAAAGAAUUGGACGUGGACGAUCCCGUUUGACUUCAUCUUUGCGCGCAACAUGGCUGGCAGCUUCCAGGAUUGGGCAAAGGUCAUUGCGCAGGCGUUUAGAAAUCUCGAGCCUGGCGGGUACUUUGAGGUCCACGAUAACCUGUACCCCCUCGAGUGCGACGACGGCACCCUCAAGGAGGAUUCGGCGCUGUUCAAGUGGUCAAAGUACCUCGUCGAGGCCACGGACAAGAUUGGCCGCCCCAUCACCAUUGCCUCCAAGCUUGACAAGAUGCUCGAGGAGGCCGGAUUCGUCGAUGUGGUGGUCACGAAGCAGGUCAUGCCGGCGUCGCCUUGGGCCGAGGACGAAAAGUUGAGGAACCUGGGUCUGUGGACGUCGGCUUCGCUCCUCCUGGGCAUUGAGGGCCUAUGUCUCGCCCUCUUUACUCGCGUGCUGGAUUGGGACACUAACGAGGUGCUUGCGUUUUGUGCAAGCGUCAGGAAAGAUGCCAAAAACUUGGGCAUCCAUGCGUACUGGUACGGAUACUCCAUCUACGGACGGAAGCCGUUCCCCAAGGAAGGGGAAGAGGUACCGCAGAACUGAGAACUGACAUGGAGAUUUUGUUUUGGGGUUCGGCGGGUUUCCUGUUAGAAAGGCUGGUCCAGAUGGUGACUGCCUCGUAAUUUCCAAGCGUGCGUUUUUCGAACUGCAUUAUUUGAUACUUUUACACUAUUGCUCGUGCUUUGUCGUUCCAACGUCUAUGCUUCGACCUUGCCUUUGGCUUCGCUACAUUACAUUUAUUAGGACCAAUACUCAUGAGUGACCUCUAGUCUUCCGG